UAAUUUCCAAUCGUAUUGCUAACUUAUUCCAAUGGCAAUCUAAGCUAUUUCCCACACGCACUGCCCACGACGACUUUUCGUGGUCAUCAUGUGAGCGCACACGGCAUAAUUUAGACAAUUCCCUUCAUUUAUUGUGAAAAAUGCACUCAAUUUAUAUGACUUGAUUAUAUUUGCCUUCCUUUUUUCCACUCGCCGUCGAAUGGCUGAAUGCUGAAUGGCUGUGUUUGCUUAAGUCGCCGCACAGAUCCAUGACAUUGCCAUGGCUAAAGACAUGGCCAGGGACAUGGCCUAAACAAGACUGCGACAACAACACCCAGAGGAUUGGCUGACGAUGACCGAGAGGAGGGGAUGGACGAGCCCGAGGCGCACCCCACGCCAAUUUAUUAAAGCCAACACCAGGGAAAUGUUGCCCGACUGGCCGAAUGGCACAGGUUCCUCCUUCGAGUGGUCAUCCUGGUUUAGGGGCCUAUUCGCACGAUGACGAUGAUCCGCGGCUAGCUCCCAUGGCCUGUCCUGCCUCCCGCUCCUGCGGAUCCCUGCUCCCCACAGCUCCCACCUGCCACGGCAGAGCUCCGUUUGGCCAGCAGUUAAGCUAUUCGUCUGCCCUGACAAAUCGAGAGUUGAGCCGGGCGAGUGGACCUGGAUCGGGUUGGGCACUCGGACAGUCCCUGGCCCCAGUCCUCGGCUCCAGCUCCCCGAUCCUGCAGCAGCCACACAAUGGCCAUGACGAUGCGCAAAUAUAAUUUCACAACUGUCUGCACAUGCUCCAAACGGAACGAGACACACCGCAAAGUUAAAAAUACA